ACCUGAAUUCCGCCGUCCCCGCCCUUCCCCCCACUCCACUCCGUCGCUCUCCUUCCCAUUCUCUCUCCCUCGCGAUCUCGCCGAAACCCUAGGAGAACCCCGGGGAGACCGGGAUGCUGCACGAGCUCCUCCUUGCCCUUCUCGGCUUCACCGGUGACUUCGUGCUCGACAACUCCUCCGCCCGCCGCGGCCCCGAGCCGGCCGAAGCCGGUGGCGCCGGAGACGGCGACGUGGGCCCCGCCUUCCGCCUGGCGCCCGACCUCACCUUCCUCCAGCCGUCAGAGAGGAGUGCUAUUGAAAGGCUCAUAUCUCUGGGAUUUUAUUACAGAGAACUGAAUCGUUUUGCGACCGAGUCUCGUGAUCUGAGUUGGAUUCAGUCUUCUGUUGAGGUUUCAUCACCUAAUGCUGAUAUUACUCUGAAGGGCAAAGUGAGAAAAGGGAGUGCAUACCGGAGGGCAAUUGCCAAUGGUAUUGCUGAGAUUUUAUCAGUUUAUAGGUCAGCUGUUCUGCAGGUUGAGCAAAACCUGUUGUCAGACCCAUUGCCUAUCCUGGCGACAGUAACCCAUGGGCUAAAUAAGUUUGAGGUUCUUCUGCCUCCACUUUAUGAGCUUGUUAUGGAAAUCGAGCAGAAAGACAUCAAGGGAGGACAGCUUCUUAACCUGUUACAUAAAAGAUGCCAUUGUGGGGUUCCAGAAUUGCAAAGCUGCAUUCAGAGGCUGCUUUGGCAUGGACACCAGGUCAUGUUUAACCAGCUGACUUCUUGGAUGGUUUAUGGUAUUCUUCAAGAUCAGUACCAUGAAUUUUUCAUCAGAAGACAGGUUGACAGAGACGAGGAGAAUGAAUCGGCUCAGUCUGAUGUUGCUGAUAAAUUUGCGCAGAAAUUAGCUAAAGACACAUCCCUUACUAGUUGGCACUCAGGAUUUCAUGUAUCAUUGGACAUGUUGCCGGAGUAUAUCCACAUGCGAGUUGCAGAAUCAAUUCUAUUCGCUGGCAAAGCAAUAAGGGUUCUUAGAAACCCUAGUCCUGGUGCUACAUUGCUGGAACCAACCAACCAAAGUCAGACAUUGAAAGGAUCUCAUAGAAUGCAAAGCUUCACGGGGGGCUCCGGUGCUCUGAAGGAGCUGCCAAACUUCUCUAACAUUAGUGCAGAAGAAUUAUUGCCACAGGCUGAAGCAGAUAAAGUUGAUGCCAUGCUUAAGCAGCUAAAGCAUGCUUCCGAGUUCCAUAAAAGGUUGUUUGAGUCUGCUGUUAGCUCAAUACGUACAAUUGCAGCUAACCAUCUUUGGCAGUUAGUGGUUGUACGCGCUGAUCUCAAUGGCCACUUGAAGGCACUUAAAGAUUAUUUUCUUUUGGCGAAAGGUGAUUUUUUCCAGUGUUUUCUUGAGGAAAGCCGUCAAUUAAUGCGCUUACCACCUCGUCAAUCUACAGCUGAAGCAGAUCUCAUUGUCCCAUUUCAGUUGGCUGCGCUGAAAACUAUAGGCGAUGAAGACAAAUACUUCACCAGGGUAUCUCUAAGGAUGCCACUGUUUGGUAUGAAAUCUAGUACAUCACAGAAAGAUUUUCAGAAGUCCAACACAUCAGAUCUUUCCUUGCAAGGAAAGGCUAGCUCAGAGUUGGCACUUGAUGGUUGGCAUAGUAUUGCUCUGGAAUAUUCCGUCGAUUGGCCACUACAACUCUUCUUUACUCCUGACGUUCUUUCUAAGUAUCGCAAAGUUUUUCAGUAUCUCAUUCGGUUGAAGAGGACACAAAUGGAAUUGGAGAAAUCCUGGACAGCUGUAAUGCAUCAAGAUCAUGUUGAUUUUUCUGAUUAUUGCAAGGAUCGGAAGAAUUCCUCUGCAACACAACUGCGUCGGUUACGCACGAAGCCUUUUUGGCGAGUAAGGGAGCAUAUGGCUUUCUUGAUCAGAAACCUACAGUUCUACAUCCAGGUUGAUGUAAUUGAGUCACAGUGGAAUGUUUUACAAACUCACGUUCAAGACUCGCAUGAUUUUACAGAACUAGUGACCUUUCAUCAAGACUAUUUGUCGGCAUUGAUAUCACAGUCCUUCUUGGAUAUAGGAUCAGUUUCUAGAAUACUGGACAGUAUAAUGAAGCUCUGCUUGCAGUUCUGCUGGAGUAUCGAGCAAUACGAAACAGGCGCAAACAUGUUUGAGAUUGAUCACAUAACUGAGGAGUUCAACAAGAAAUCAAAUUCGCUGUACACUAUCCUAAGGAGUAGUCGACUUGCGGGAAGUCAGAGAGCACCUUUCCUGAGGCAGUUUCUGAUGAGACUGAACUUUAACUCUUUCUUUGAGACAACUGCGAGGGGUGUGAUGAAUUCAGGCAGGCUGCGGCCAGGCACAGCGAGUACCCAGCUGUAAGCCUAUAGCUACAGUGGCUGUUCUCGCCGUGAUUUGCAUGACAAUGCUGCUACAUACUGACAAUGGCGCAAACCCGUCACACAAGAAGGGGAGGAAGAAUCUGUAGGAUCUGUAAAUUAGCUGUAGCAUGUGAGUUGUUUUGCCCUGGGAAGUAAACACUUGGUGAUGUUUGUUUGGCUAGUGUUGUGCUGUGCACGUCUUUGCGUUGCUUGCCUACCUUCCCCAUGUUAUUGGUAUCUCUAUUGGGAACAUGGUGUGUGGCCUUAGAUGAAAUGGUAGCAGACUAGCAGACCCGUUCAGUAUUUCAGCAACACUGCAAGGUUUACAUUGCAACUGUUCUGGAAGGAUGAAUGCAACAAUGAAAUGAAAUGCCAAAGAAUAUGGGGAUUUACAAUAGGUA